AUAUUGGCCUGUAAACCGUAAAAGAAAAGUUUGUCACAUGUGUUAGCUGUUUCCGUGUAAUUAUGAAUAAACAACAUCGUCAUGUAGAGGUCUAUAUAUAGAGGAUAAUUGCGACAUUGUAUACAAUGUUCAAACGACAACCACCGGGCAUGUUUCAACAGAAUGCAAAAGUUUGUCAGGAGUGUGGAUGUCCUUGUACCGGAUGCAUGGAUCAGUCCAGUUUGGACCUGCAUCAGAAGAUUGUGGAACUUGAAAGUGAGUUACGUAAAAGUAAUGAGCAUGUUUCAAAGAUCGGCCGAGAGUUAAUGGACAACAAACAGCUUGCUGACUAUGAGGUGCACAAACUCCGAGAGGAACUUAAUAAAUUACGUGACAGAUAUGACAGACUUUUUGAAAGCCACAAAAGAAUUCAGAAAGUUAACCAUGGUCUUGAGGACAAGAUUUUAAAGAUAGUCAGUGGUUUUGAAGAGGAGAAAACGAAUCUGCAACGAGAACUAGCCACUACCACAUCACGACUUGUAGAUGCCAAAGCAACCGUCUGUGAACUGGAAGAAGAAAAUGAACGAUACAGAAAUGAUUGUAACAUAGCAGUUCAGCUGUUACAGUGCAAGCCUUCAGAAUUUGUGUCUCACAAGCUUAACUCACUGCCCAUUGAAUUACAAGAGAGGGUAAAGAAGCACAUGACAAGAGAAGAAAUCAUAAACUGUGAGGAUGCUCCUAAUUCUAAAGAGGCUCCAAAACUUAUCCAUGUCCCCAUGGCCACCUUCCCACCAACAGCCAUGGUUUACUCUGUUAACAAACCAAUGAACAAGUCUGAGACCUCUAAUACAAGAAAUGGGGCAAGUGAUGGAGUUCCAAUGGAUGUUAUAACUAAAGCACUGAGCCACCCAGAGCCAAUCAAGAAAUCGCGGAGGACAUAUAUUUGUCUGAAGUGUCGUUGUGAUGUGGUCUGUAAUAACAAAGAGACUCAGGUCAACAUGAGCCGGGAGACUCAAGGAAGUUGCGACAACCUGAGUGAGCUCAGAGUUCAUAGACCAUGUGGAAGAACUCAGUCUUUCUCAUCAGAGAGUGAAAUGUAUUGAUGAGUUUGAACUGGGAACUUCACCCAAAUUUAUUUCAAUGGAAAAUGCUCAUCAUCUUUGCACAGCACCUUCAGGUUUGGUCAAAAAUCAUAUUCAUGUGUUUUGUUUUAAAAUAUUUAUCUGCAUCGAACAUCAUAAUCAACUGGAGGCAUUUUAUCUCUAAAAGUAUACUCAAAAUAUAUUGUCAUGUGGUUUUGAGAUAAGAAUUGUUGAUUUCAUUCUUGGAUGUUAAAGGUACACUAUUAAGAAUGUUAAUUAUCAGUAGUUUGCACAGAAAACACAGAACAUUCAUAUAUAACCUUCUUUCAAUGUUGAAGAAGUUUAAAGUACUGGUAGUGAUGAUAUGGCUUUCCUUUCCCAGCUUUUUUUUUU